AUGACCUCUAACCCCAAUACAUAUAACUCUGAAGAUGCCUGCCACACAUUAACUUGUGCAAUAAUGCUGUUAAAUACAGACCUUCAUGGUCAGAAUGUUGGUCGUAAGAUGAACUGCAAUGAAUUCAUUGAGAACUUGUGUGAGCUGAAUGAUGGAGAAAAUUUUCCCAAAGAAGAUUUGCGUCUGAUCUAUGCAGCAAUAAAGGUUGAACCCAUAGAAUGGGCGCCGGAUGAGGAUCUUCAAGAACAUGAGUCGGUUUCAAAUGAACGGCGACAGGUGCCCUUGAGUGAUGCCCCAUCUCGGCUUGGUCACAACCCCUUUUUGGAGAUUCCUGAUCCCACAAAAACUACUGAAUAUAAAAAGGGUUAUGUAAUGAGGAAAUGCUGUUUAGACCCAGAUGGACGAAGAACAUCAUUUGGGAAACGAGGGUGGAAGAUGUUUUAUGCAUCUCUACGAGACAUGAUUCUCUACCUUCACAAAGAUGAACAUGGUUUCAAGAAAGGAAAUUUAAUAGAAAAUUCCAGUAAUGCCAUCCGCAUUCACCAUUCCAUAGCAACACGUGCAUCUGAUUACACAAAAAAGCAACACGUGUUCCGAUUGCAUACAUCUGACUGGGCUGAAUAUCUUUUUCAGACAAGUGAUAGUAAAGAACUCCAAGAAUGGAUGGAAACCAUCAACUUUGUUGCAGCUAGUUUAUCAGCCCCACCUCUACCUGGUGGAAUUGGUUCUCAAAAAAAGUUUCAACGGCCUUUAAUGCCUUCUACCUACACAAAAAAAAAUAUGGCUGAGCAGUUAGCACUUCACACUGAAAGAGUGUCCCAACUAGAAAAGGAGUUACAUGACCAUAGAAUAUGUCCACCAGAAAAGGGGGCCAAAUCUCGUGUCAUCAAUGAAUAUCUUGAAAAAGAGAAUUUUCUUGAAUCAGAGUUAAAACGAUUUCAAACCUACAAAUAUCUGCUGCAGUCCAAGUUAAGCACCUACAAAAAGGAAAUUGAACCAUCAUUGGUGGAAACGACAAUUGGAGAAGAUGAUGAGACGACUGAUGAUUGUGUUGAGAAGAGCAGCUCACCCAGUGUUGCAGGCGGUGGGCUGAAUAACAGCAAGAACAUGAAGCCAGUGCAGCGCAGUCUGUCUGAUAGCACAUUAUGUCGCACCUUGAGUCAACCGCUGGUGAGGAUUUCAUCAGUAGAACAUAUCAACUGCCUCACGAUGGUGACUCACUUGUAG